GUAUAUAAGGGCGGCAGGACAACCUCUCCUCACGCUGGUCGACGGGGCCAGUGCCGACACCAUGAAGACUGCUGUGAUUUUGACUGCCCUUGUGGGGCUGACGGUAUCGGCCAAACUUGGGAACCUCCACCACUCUCAUGAGGGGGCAGUACGUGUAAACACUCGCACGGGAUCCAUCGUCCACACCGAAUUCGGAGCAAGUGGUUCUCAAAGCCCAGCUGCAGUUACAGGAUCAUAUUCAUUUACCGCUCCUAACGGGGAGACGCACACUGUUGAAUAUGUUGCUGACGAGAAAGGUUUCCGGCCAGUGAUUCGCCGUACGUCUACCUCAUCCUUCUCUUCCCAAUCGAGUGGUGGCUCACAGGCCUUUGGAGCAGGAGCCGUAAGAUCUGGCUCGUCUGGUGUUAAAUUUGGGCAGGUAUCAUCCGGCUUUGUAAGCAACACAGCAGCUCAAGCCCCAAGCUCUUUUGAUGCUUCUGACUUUUCUAACGAAGUGUCUAGUGUUGAAAAUGUUGUAUCAAAUAAACAGUCCACUAGCUCUUCCUUCUUUGCCGGAUCCACCGGAAAUGCAGCAGGAAUCUCAUCUGGUGCAGGAUUCUCGUCUGGUUCUGGCUCUUCAAGCAGAUUCUCUUCUGGUUCUGCCACCGCUACCUCUGCAGGAAAUGCUGGGGAGAAUGUAGCAGUUAUCUUGGCAGGUCAGGGUCUUCCAGCUGGAGUUACUCGUGGUCAGGCAGCUUUCCAGACUGCAUCUUUAGCUGCCAAUACGGCCUCUGGAAACGCAGCAUCUACAUUUACUUCUGGUUCUUCUGGAUCCUCUGGCUCAAGAUUGACUUCUGGUGUGUCAGCGGGAACCUCUGGCUCUAGAUUUACUUCUGGUUCAUCUACUGGAUCAAGGUUCACAUCUGGCUCUUCAGCUGGAUCUUCUGGUUCAAGGAUUACUUCUAGCUCUUCAGCUGGAUCUUCUGGUUCAAGGUUUACUUCUAGCUCUUCAGCUGGAUCAUCUGGUUCAAGGUUCACUUCUGGCUCAUCAACCAAGAUCCAAGCAGGAAAGGUUGGUGACAGUGUAUCAGUUAUCCUAGCAGGACAGGGUAUCCCAGCUGGAGUCACUCGUGGCCAGGCAGCCUUCCAGGUUGCAGCAGUUGGUAUUAAUGCUGCCUCUGGAGCUUCAGGAAACAGGGGAGCUAGCUUCACCUCUGGAUCAACCUUUUCUUCUGAUUCCUCUGCCGAAACUAGCUUCUCCGCUGGCUCUGCCGAAACUAGCUUCUCCGCUGGCUCUGCCGAAACCACAGGAUCUCAGUUCACAUCCUCUGCUGGUACUUCCUCAGGAUCAUCUUCCACUUUCACUUCUGGAUCCACAUCUGGUGCCACAACUGGAUUCUCCUCUGGAUCCUCUGCUUCCACCUUUGCAGGAAAUGAUGGCGAAAGUGUUGCAGUAAUUUUGGCUGGAAACACUGUGCCAACAGGAGUCACUCGUGGUCAGAUCCAGGUUUCUGUCCCUGCUACCAGCACCUCUGGAAUCAGUUCUGGCUCAACCUUUACAUCUGGUUCCAGUUUCAAUGCUGGAUCCACUAGUGGAGUAACAUCAACUGGUUCCUCUGCUGGUCUAUCUGGUUCUAGGUUUACCUCUGGUUCAUCCUCUGGAUCAUCUGGUUCUAGGUUUACCUCUGGUUCAUCCUCUGGAUCAGCUGGCUCUGGCUUGACUUCUGGCUCAUCUGGUUCUGCCUUCACCGCUGGCUUGUCUGCUGGCUCAUCUGGUUCCAGAUUUACCUCAGGUGCAUCUACUGGGUCCACUACAUCUUCAUUUACCUCUGGUACAUCGACCAAGAUUCACGCCGGAAAGGUUGGUGACAGUGUUGCAGUUAUCCUAGCAGGACAGGGUAUCCCAGCUGGAGUCACUCGUGGCCAGGCAGCCUUCCAGGUUGCAGCAGUUGGUGCUAAUGCUGCCUCUGGAGCUUCAGGAAACAGGGGAGCUAGCUUCACCUCUGGAUCAACCUUUUCUUCUGAUUCCUCUGCCGAAACUAGCUUCUCCGCUGGCUCUGCCGAAACUACAGGAUCUCAGUUCACAUCCUCUGCUGGUACUUCCUCAGGAUCAUCUUCCACUUUCACUUCUGGAUCCACAUCUGGUGCCACAACUGGAUUCUCCUCCGGAUCUUCUGCUUCCACCUUUGCAGGAAAUAAUGGCGAAAGUGUUGCAGUAAUUUUGGCUGGAAACACUGUGCCAACAGGAGUCACUCGUGGUCAGAUCCAGGUUUCUGUCCCUGCUACCAGCACCUCUGGAAUCAGUUCUGGCUCAACCUUUACAUCUGGUUCCAGUUUCAAUGCUGGAUCCACUAGUGGAGUAACAUCAACUGGUUCCUCUGCUGGUCUAUCUGGUUCUAGUCUGGUGGGUUCCUCUGGUUCAUCCUCUGGAUCAUCUGGUUCUAGGUUCACAUCUGGCACAUCAGCUGGAUCCUCAGGUUCCAGAUUUACUUCUGGCUCAACAACUGGAUCCACUACAUUUACAUCUGGCACAUCAACCAAGAUUCAUGCAGGAAAGGUCGGUGAGAGUGUGGCAGUGAUUCUGGCUGGUCAGGGCCUUCCUGCAGGAGUUACCCGUGGUCAAGCAGCUUUCCAGACAUCAUCACUUGCUGCUAAUACUGCUUCAGGAAUCUCCUCUGGUAAUGCUGGUUCAAGGUUCACUUCAGGAGCAACUACAUCUGACUCCUCUGCUGAAUCUAGUUUCUCUUCAGGAUCAACCAGCACCACUGGAUCUAAAUUUACAUCAGCUUCUAUUGGAUCAUCAAUUGGUUCAACAUCAUCUUCAGGUUCCACCGCUGGAUCUUCUGGAUUUACUUCUGGCUCCUCAGCUGGAUCCUCUGGUUCCCGAUUCACCUCUGUCUCAUCUACUGGAUCCAGAACAUCCUCUGUUUCUGGCACAUCAACCAAGACCAUCAGUGGAAAUGCUGGUGAGAGCGUGGCAGUGAUUCUGGCUGGACAGGGUAUCCCAUCUGGAGUUACACGUGGUCAGGCAGCUUUCCAGGUUGCUGGAGUAAAUACUGCUUCUGGAGUCUCUUCUGGAAAUGCUGUUAAAUCUAGCUUUCUUUCUGGGUCCACUGGCACCACAGGGUCUAAAUUUACAUCUACCGGAUCAUCAGCUGGACUGACAUCCUCUGCUGGAUCAUCUGGUUCAAGAUUCACCUCUGGCUCAUCUACCGGAUCCACCACAUUUACAAGCACAUCGACCAAGACUGUUGGAGGAAAUGCUGGAGAUAGUGUAUCAGUAAUUUUGGCAGGUCAGGGCCUUCCUGCAGGUGUUACUCGUGGCCAGGCAGCUUACCAAAUCUCAUCAGCUUCAGUCACAGGUAACUCAGGAAGCAGGAGUGGUUUUUCCCAAAACACAGGUUCCUCUUCUAGAUUCUCGUCUGCUGCUGGAUCUGCAGGUAUUAGGUCAUCCACAGGAUCUAGCGCUGUAAGAUCAAGCUUAGUAAAUAGCGGCAGACUAGCCACCAAAGUGUCUUCUAGUUCAUCAAAAACAUCUGGAGGUUCAUUUGUGACAGGCAAUAGAGUCAGUUCUCAAAGAACAUCCACUAACAGAGCUGGUGUUCGCAACCCCAUUCCUGAUGUAAAGAGCGUUGCUGUACUUCUUGCUAAACCUGGUCAACUUUAAGUUGAAGCUCUAAAGAUAUCAACACAGGAGCAAAUGCAAGCUGACAGUAGACUCUUGUGCACUGAGAUGAUAUUGUUUCAAGAUGGACAAGUACAAAUUGCUGACAUAUCCUUUUGGGAAAGUGUAUAUUUUAAAUGUUCCUAGUUUUUUGUUAUUUUCUAGCUCUGUUACUAAUGAAAUAGUUGUAUACAAAGAUAAGUGCUCAUUGAUAAGUGUAUAUGCGCUGUUGUUAUGUAAAUAAAUACAAGAAAUCGAA